ACGUACCACUGCUAGGAAGCGAGCCUCACUUCUUCGUCUGACCACCACUGACCUCCAGCGUAGGCAGCACCGGGAAGCAACCUCUCUGCUCAGGCUAGCAUGGGGAAGGUGUGCUGCAGCAGCGAGUCGGAGGAGGAGGCGGGGUUCAGCUUCCUGGGGCUCCUCGUCGCGGCCGUCAUCGCCCUGGUGUUCAUGCUCCUCUGCACCCCGCCGAAGCGGCGCUCCGUCACCAUCUACCCGUGCUGUUGAGGCUGAGGAGUCUCCAAGGAUCUCUGGUUGCUGGGAGGAAGGUUAUUCGGUUGUUCAUGGGAGAGAGCAGGCCAGGCAAUGGUCCCUGGUUUUCUUCGGUUCAGAAAAUAAUUUCUACUACUGAAUUGUAGGGCUCGUCGAAACUGUAAGCCAUGUUUUAUCGGUAUAUUAUUAGGCUGUCCAUCUCCAUCUGUAGCAUGAACUGAUACAUCUGGGGAAAAUAGAUAUCAUCAGACUUGUUAUGUUGUUUUCA